AUGUCGUCCAAGGUCAAGGCUGGUCAGCUCUGGGGAAAGAACAAGGAGGAGCUCUCCAAGCAGCUCGAGGAGUUGAAGACCGAGCUUAACCAGCUCCGCGUCCAGAAGAUCGCCAACGGCGCUUCUACCAAGACCCAGAGAAUCUCCGAGGUUCGCAAGUCGAUCGCUCGCGUUCUCACCGUCAUCAACGCCAACCAGCGCGCUCAGCUGCGUCUGUUCUACAAGAACAAGAAGUACAUCCCUCUGGACCUCCGCCCCAAGCUCACCCGUGAGCUCCGCCGCCGGCUCACCAAGUUCGAGGCUACCCGGACCACCGAUCGCCAGCGCAAGCGCGAGAUCCACUUCCCCCAGCGGAAGUACGCCGUUAAGGCUUAA